GGAAGGGGGUCUGUUUUUCUAGACGGUUUUUGCAGAUUAGCACUUAGAAAGAUGCAAGAAACGGGUGGAAAUGAUGCGGCUCCUGUGACUGUUGGAUAUCCAUAUUUGGAAAAUUGGAAUGAAAGCUACGAACGCAAUCCCAUAGGUCUUCUGAUAGAGAUCACCAACUCGCAAAAAUGGCGGACGUUGUUUACCCAAUGUAUGCAGGUUGUGAAGGAUGGAAAAACGCUGUUUUGCACCAGCGUUGUGGUCAAUGGACGAAAAUUCCCUGACUGCUAUUCUCCUCAAAAGAAACAGGCUAAAAAGGAUGCCUGCUUGCUGGCGAUGAGAUUGUCAUAUCUGAAGACAAGGUCAUUGAUAGAUUCUCUCAAUCCAGCUCAACAGAUUGACUUGGCUCGAACAAUGAAUUUGACGCCUGACGACGUGACAAUGGCCGAAUCUCUGAACCAGAUGUACCAAGAAAAUGGGACGGAGGAUGCGUACGGGGUGAGCAGUUUGCCUGGGACAAGGCCACCCGAAGGUGGGGCUUUCAUUCAUGGUGGUGGAGACUAUCCCCAGGGUGGUUAUGACUAUGGACAGAACACAGACUUCUACUCUUUUGAGGGACAGAGCUUUGACAACAAUGGGGAUGGAAUAAAAUCUGGGAAUGGUGAGGGCCCUGAUUUUCCGAUUCCACAAUAUGGCAUACGCCCCCCGCAGGUUUACACAGGGCAGAAGCGUCGCCUGGCACCGGGAGAGACUGUUGUUGCACAGAAGAAGGUCAAGAAGAACCCGGGACCGAAGAGCCCUGUGAGUGCUGUGCUGGAGUAUGGACAGAAGACUUCGCAGGAAGUGAAGUUUGAGGUUGUGUCGGAGGGUGGUCAGCCCCACAGACCCAUGAUUGUGAUGAAUGUUGUGUUAGGAGACAAAACCUUCCCCAGCGUGGAAGCCAGGGGUAAGAAGGCUGGGAGGACUGCUGCUGCCCUGGCAUGUCUACGCCAGUUGGCUGAGGAGGGCACAUUUGUGGACCCAGCAGUAGAUCUGUGGCCAGUUGAGCCUGAGGUCAAAGUUGAGACAGAGAUAAAGCCUGCUACUGAGGAACCAGGUCCUCCAGAGGUCAUCUCGGGGUCACUACCACCGGUCAAGACUGGGGAGAAGGUGAAAGGGUUGACCACAGAAUCGUUUGCCCUGAUUCACAAACACCCGAUCACUGCGCUCAUGGAGUAUGGACAGCAAAGACGAGUUCCGGCAAAGAUAGAGACUGUGGAAGAACGGGGACCUUCACAUGACUCUGUGUUUGUUCUGGCUGCGGUGAUUGGGGACAGAACAUUUCCUAGUGUGGAGUGCAAAAAGAAGAAGUUUGGUCGUCUUUUGGCGGCUGACAAGGCUCUCAGAAUCCUCGUCUCUGAAGGGGAAUAUAUCAGUCAGCUGACAACAGGCCCAGCGGAACUGGCUACAAUAACAGAAGACAUGACUCAUUUUGACAAGAUGGCUGCCCUCAGUCAUCAAACCUUCAACUCCUUGAUUGCUGAACUGAACCAGAGCGUCCCUGGGCGCAAAGUGCUGGCUGCGAUAAUUGUGAAGCAAAGCGAUGAUGAUCUUGGCACUGUUGUCAGUAUUGGUUCAGGGAAUCGCUGUGUGUCCGGUGACCAGCUCAGCAUGGAGGGGACCACUGUCAAUGAUUCCCACGCUGAGGUUGUGGCUAGACGCAGCUUUCUCAGAUACCUGUACAAAAAGCUUCAGGGCUAUGAUCCUAAAGCAGAUGACCAGCUAUUUGAAGGAGGUCCUCAGGGCAAGCUACGAGUGAAGGAAGGCGUCACUUUCCACAUGUACAUUUCCACAGCUCCCUGCGGGGACGGGGCUCUGUUUUCACCCAGAGACACAAGUUUCAAGAUUCAGCCGCCUGACGCAGACAUUGAGAGUCGAGAACACAAGCCCCUCUUCACCAGCGAGGUCCAGGGGCUGCUGAGGACGAAGGUAGAAGGAGGAGAGGGGACAAUUCCUGUUAGAGACGGACCUGAUCCCCAGACCUGGAUG